AAAAGUUUCAAGCUCUGGAAGAGUAAGCAAGGGAUUAUAGAAGAGAUAAAAUUAGCGUUCAUACUUCUAUGUUGGUAGAAUCUUUCAUGAAGAUUUGGAACAGCUUUUUGUUGCUUAAUUAACCAUGCAAAGGUUUAGCCUUUGCACAAGUACUAAAAAUACAUUAACGUACCCAUCGCUCUUGUUUUCUUCCAUAAGGAACCACAUUAGUCAAGGUUCUCAUAAAUGUGCUCUUCUUCUGUAUAAACAAACUCGCCGCGAAGGUCUCUAUGAUCCCAACGUUGUCCCUUUGUUGUUCAAGGCUUGUGUUUCUUUUUCAAUUCUUCACCACGUUAAGGCCUUGCAUGCCGAGUCCAUUAAAGCUGGUUCACAUUGUGAUGUGUUCAUUGGAACAGCAUUGGUUGGAACUUAUUCAAAAUGUGGUCUCCUUGGGGACUCCCGCAAGGUGUUUGAUACAAUGCCUGACAGAAAUGUUGUCACUUGGAAUGCAAUGAUUGGUGGGUACUUGAGAGCUGGGGACAAACAAUCUGCCUCCUCAAUGUUUGAGGCGAUGCCGGGGAAGACUCCCGUGUCUUGGAGCCAGAUGAUUGAUGGGUUUGCAAGGAACGGGGAUACUGCUGCUGCUAGGAGGUUGUUCAAUAAGGUUCCGGACGAGGCGAAGAACGUAGUGACGUGGACUGUGAUGGUUGAUGGGUAUGCUAGGAAUGGGGAUAUGGAAGCUGCCAGGGAGAUCUUUGAACAGAUGCCAAUGAGGAACUGCUUUGUGUGGUCAUCUAUGAUUUGUGGUUAUUGCAAGAAGGGCAGUGUCGAGGAGGCUGGGGUGAUUUUCGAGCGCGUUCCAGAACGCAACGUGGAGAUUUGGAAUUCAAUGAUUGCUGGGUAUGUCCAAAAUGGAUUUGGUGAAAAAGCACUGCAGCUUUUUGAGGAAAUGAAGGGUGAAGGGUUUGAACCGGAUGAAUUCACUGUUGUUAGUGUUUUAUCUGCAUGUUCUCAGCUGGGACUCCUGGAUGCCGGUAAGGAAAUCCAUAACAUGAUAAAGCAGAAAGGGAUGAGGUUGAGUCCCUUUGUUGUGAGUGGAUUGGUUGAUAUGUAUGCAAAAUGUGGGGACCUGGUCAAUGCAAGGUUGGUAUUUGAAGCAUCAGAGUCCAUUGAGAAGAACAUCAUCUGCUGGAACGCAAUGAUUUCAGGCUUUGCCAUCAAUGGAAAAUUCCAUGAAGUCCUUGAGUGUUUUGGCAGAUUGGAGGAAUCAAAUAUAAAGCCUGAUCCAAUCACCUGUCUCAUUGUGCUCUCUGCUUGUGCUCAUGGUGGUUUGGUAAAUGAAGCUUUGGAAGUAGCAGCUAAAAUGGAAAGAUAUGGAAUUGAAAUAGGAAUCAGACAUUAUGGAUGCAUGGUUGACCUAUUGGGAAGAGCAGGGAGGUUAAAGAGGGCUUAUGACUUGAUAAAGAGAAUGCCAAUGAAACCGAAUGACGCCGUUUUUGGGGCACUGCUUGGUGCGUGCCGGAUUCAUUCAGACGUGCAAAUGGCAGAACAAGUAAUGAAGUUACUCGGUGCAAGCACUGUUUCAAGUUCUGAUUCUUUCAAUGUGCUUCUGUUCAAGAGUAGGCAAUAGGCUCUAUAUUUGUCUCUUCUAUUUGUCUGAAUCCCAGUGUUCUAUUUUACAUUUCCCCCCCAAUAUGACUGAUGUUACAUAGUGAAUGGGAUUGUAGAGUUUUCACAAAUACAUUCAUUUAGGGUCUGUUUGCUUCAGGGAAAUCGGUGCUAAGAAAUAACUUCUCAUGUAUUUGGAUAAAUUGUUUAAAUAAUUAAGCUGCGAAAAAAAAAAAAAAUCCAGUUUCAUAUUUUUAAUAAAUUUGAAAAGAGUGACUUGUGAGAAAAUCUGUAUAGCUUUUCAAUCAUAUAAAAAAGAUAUAAGUUCAUAAUCACUCAUUUCCUACCCUAAAGCUGUAACAAAUGCACUUUCAUAGUGUAUGAAGUGCUAUAAAUCUUAUCUAUGCCUUUUCUGAAUGGAUGAAUUCUGGUAAGAUUUGAAUUU